UUUGAAUAAGGACGUAUCAUUAUCGUAAUUUUAUUUCGGGUAAUUUAAAAUAUAUUCUGGCAAGAAUGGUUGUGUAGCGUGGUCUGAGUAGUACGCCGGGUUUGUGCGCCUGCGCGGUGUGGGUAGGUCGAUAGCGUGGCUUGGAGACUCAGUGCGCGCCGCGUCGCGCCCCUGCGAGCCCGCGGCCCCGCCAUGAGGGCACGCGAACCGCUAGCUCUCCUUCUAGCGAUAUUCUACGCCGUUAACUACACUUUUGCCGAGAAAAGCAAGUUCUAUUAUAUGGAAUCACUAUGCAAGGACCACUUUCUUCAACGUCAAUACAGAAAGUUAGACGGAGGUGUCCUAUGGUCAAGGAACGAGAGGAAUCUGGACUGCACUGUGACUUUCCAGACGCACAGCAUCCUCCAGAGGUUCAUGCUGCAUUUCGAUCUACUGCAAUUGGAUUGCAAUGACCAUCUCUACGUGUACGACGGGGCGCAUGCCACCGCGCCGCCGAAGGCUGACUUAUCGUGCCGGAACACCAAGCAGCAGGUCGGAGCCCUGUUCACGCGCAGCAACUUCGUGACCCUGAAGUACGUCACUGACAACUGGGGCACGGACGCGAAUGGCUUCAAGCUCGUCAUCACUGCAGUCAAAGAUCCUAUUCCAGAGCACGGCUGCAAGGAGUUCAGGUGCAAGCAGAGAGAGUUCUGCGUGAGUGCAGAUCUAACCUGCGACGGCGUGGACCACUGCGCCGAUGGUUCAGAUGAAGACACGGUCGCUCUAUGCCCAGAGAGCGGCGGUAGCGGUUCGAGCAGCACGUGGUUGGUGGUGGCGGGAGGGGCCGGGCUGUUGCUGGCGCUGAUCGCCGCGACCCUCGGCUGCUGUCUCUGCCGACGCCGCGCUGCCAACCGCCGCACGCAUCUACAUUUACAACAGAUGAACGUGAGUAACGGCGGCGGGGCGGGCGCGGCGCCGGAUCCGGGCGUCGGCACGCGGCUGCCGGGAAACUGGGCGCUCCCUGCGGGCCCGCGCGGGUACAGUGUGGCGCGGCCGGGCCGCCUCCGGGCGCGGGCGGCGCGGUGAGCGCGCUCGCGCACAAGGACGAGUGGUUCGUGUGACCACGCGGCCCGGCCGGGCCCGCAGGGCGGGGGCGCCGUACCGGCCCCCGAGCCGCCGGCGAUCGCGAUCUAUCCGACGCCGCUCUAUCUAUGUAUGUCCUACCUGAUUUAGCGACAGUUUUUUUUAGGUGAAUUUUUACUCGUUUAGUGGAGACGCGCCAGGCGUCUCGUGGCUGUCCAGUCUUUGGUGUUAACGAAUAACGCAAUGUAAAUUUAUCAAUAUAACAUUAAACAUUUUUGGCUUAUUGUUCGUA